AUGGCUGAUAAUAAAAUAGAAAUAUCCACCGAUAGCCCCGCUGUCAUCCAGAAUGCAAACGCGCCUUCUCAGUCUAAUAACCCGCUGUCACGGAAGCUCAACAAAAUCCUGGAGACGAGGCUCGACAAUGACAAGGAGAUGCUGGAGGCUUUGAAGGCGCUGUCGGUGUUUUUCACCGAGAACAGUUUGCGCACCAGGAGGAAUCUUCGAGGUGACAUUGAGAGAAGAAGCCUGUCAAUCAACGAGGAGUUUGCAAUGAUAUUUAAAGAUGUAAAAGAGGAGCUUGAAAGUGUUCAUGAAGAUGUUCAGGCCAUGAGCACGUGUUGUGAAGAAAUGACCAACAGGCUCAAGGCUGCCAAGGAGCAAACUCAAGACUUGAUAGUAAAAACCAACAAGCUCCAGGGAGAAAAUCACCGCCUGGAGGUCAGAGCCCAGGUCGCCCAGGCUUUCCUCAGUAAGUUCCAGCUGUCCAGUGAGGAGAUGGCUACACUUCGAGGGUGUCGGGAUGCACCCAUUACCGAGGAUUUCUUUAAAGCUCUCGGCCGGGUGAAGCACAUCCACGAGGAUGUGAAGAUCCUCUUGCGGACGAACCAACAAACUGCAGGGCUAGAGAUCAUGGAGCAGAUGGCUGUGUUACAGGAGACAUCAUAUGAGCAGCUUUACCGCUGGGCCCAGAAUGAAUGCCGCGGACUGACUCAGGAGACUUGUGACAUCAGCCCAGUGCUGAGUCAGGCUAUGGAGGCCUUACAGGACCGGCCUGUCCUUUACAAGUACACUCUGGAUGAGUUUGGUACUGCGCGCAGGUGUGCUGUGGUACGAGGCUUCAUCGAUGCCCUCACCAGGGGCGGGCCAGGGGGAACUCCACGCCCCAUUGAGAUGCAUUCACAUGACCCUAUGAGGUAUGUUGGGGACAUGCUGGCCUGGCUGCACCAAGCCACCGCAUCUGAGAAAGAACAUCUAGAGGCACUGCUGAAGCAAGUCACGCUGCAAGGUGUGGAGGACAACAUGCAGGAGGUGGUGGGACACAUCACUGAAGGAGUCUGCAGGCCACUAAAAGUGAGGAUAGAGCAGGUCAUCGUGGCCGAGCCCGGCGCCGUCCUGCUCUACAAACUCUCCAACCUGCUGAAGUUCUACCAUCACACCAUCAGUUCCAUCAUUGGGACAAGUGUGGCCAGCUUGCUCAUCACUAUUGAAGAGAUGCACAUCCUCAGCAAAAAGAUGUUCUUCAACAGCUUGAGUCUUCAUGCAAGCAGACUCAUGGACAAGGUGGAGCUGCCUCCUCCGGACCUGGGUCCCACAGCCUCCCUCACCCAGACCUUGUCCCUGCUCAGGGAGGUGCUGGCCUCCCACGACUCCUCAGUCGUUCCUCUGGAUGCCCGACAAGCUGACUUUGCCCAGGUCUUGUCUUGUAUCUUGGAUCCCCUCCUGCAGCUGUGCACUGUGUCGGCCAGUAACCUUGGCACCGCUGACAUGGCAACCUACAUGGUCAAUUCCCUGUACGUGAUGAAGACCACCCUGGCUCUCUUUGAGUUCACGGACAAGAGGCUUGAGAUGCUAGAAUUCCAGAUUGAAGCUCACCUCGACACUCUGAUCAACGAGCAGGCGUCCUAUGUGCUGACCAGAGCCGGGCUCAGUUACAUCUACAGCUGUGUCCAGCAUCACAAUGCCGAGCAGGGCCCACUAUCCAACCUCCCCAGCAUGGAUAGCUCCUCUCUGAAAGCGGCAAUGGUCCAGUUUGAUCGGUAUUUGUCGUCACCUGACACCCUCGUCAUGCCGCAGCUCAACUUCUUGCUCAGUGCGGCCAUCAAGGAGCAGAUUUUCAGGCAGUCGACGGAGCUGGUGUGCCGAGCGUACAGAGAGGUGUACACGGCGGUGACCAGCCCCGCCAACGGCUACAAGGACGCCGAGAGCCUGGUGCCCCGGUCGCCACAGCAGGUCCAGACCCUGCUGUCCUGAGAGACACGGCCAAAACCAGCGGGCACGCAUCGGCCCGGGACGCUGUGAGGGCCAUGUAAAGUAUUUGUAUAAUAACACAAAUGUAAAUAAUCGAAGCUGUACUUAAUGUAUGGUUUAUUUAGGGUUUAUUUAGGGUCUUUUUGGGGGGGGUUGGUCAUUGAUGGACAGAAACAUGUCUUUUAUGGAGGCUGUGUGCAUGAAUGUUGUAUAUUCAUACAUUUCUUUAUCUUAUUACCUUCUCUCUCUUUACUGGGGUCCAUAAUUGUACACAGCAAUGUUUUUUUUUUUUAAUUGAUGAUAUGAAAAGAAAAUAUAUAAAAUGAACUGAAAUUUGUCCUUAUUUCUGCAUCUAAAAUUUUAAACCAUAAUAUCUCCAGGAACUCAAGACACUUCACGAGAAAAUCUAGACUAAACUAUUUUAGGUCGUACUGAUAAAACGCUAAAUUUGUCUCAUUGUCUG